AUGCAAAACGGCCCGACUGCUAAGAUCAUCGAUUACUAUGUUGACACCGGAGGAUUCUCCCGCAAGAUCGACUAUUACAUGCUCAUCAACCCCGAGGCGCCAUACGCGAGCGCGAUCCAGGAACUCCGGACGUAUAAGGAUUUUUAG